UGGUGAGAUGAGGGGAGAUAUUGGCGAUGAUGUGCAACAUGUGCUGCGCGAGAUGAUCGCUGCCAAGGCGUUCACGUGCCGAGGAACUUGACGCCAUUGGUAGGGGAGGGUCUACUCUGCGUUUACUAUGUAAUCGAGUGCGACGCUGUGCUCGGCUGUUUGCCUGGGUAGGCAGGUAGAAUUGGGAUCGCUUUCGCGGAUUACGUAUUUAUAUUUAUAUGGUGGGUGCUGGGUGAUGCUGGGAGUGAGGAGUAAAUGGCUUAAUUCUGUUGUCAACUCCCUCAUUCUCAAUCGCGCCAUUGUCUGUUUGUUAGGCUGUCUGUCUAUUUAUCUCCUUACUUACGGGGGAACGUUAAUUGGUUACCUACUGCAUUGAUCGAAUCUAGGUUUCGGAAGGCAUACGGCACGGGCCGAGGACUUGAUUCCUCUUUACUCUCUUCUGCAUUGCAUACGAGCUUCGAUUUACCUCAAAGGAACUUUUUCCCUACCCUAUUGACGAUAAUUCAUUCAAAUCCCGGUGGGGUUUUCGAGGAUUAAGACAAGACGAGAGAGAAAAUGCGCUGGCAAGCUAUCUUCGCGACGACUAUCAUGUCCAUGACAAACGUCGCGGCGCUCAGUCUGCGCGUCAUCACCUCCAACAUCCGGUACGCGGCGGCCGCCAGCACGUACGAGAAGCCGUGGAGCGUGCGCGGACCACUGCUCAUCGAGAAAAUCAAAUCCACGGCGGCAGCAGCAGCAACAGGUAAUAUUACUUCGAUCCCGGUCCUCGGCAUGCAAGAAGUCCUGCACGCGCAACUCCUCGACAUCCGCGCCGGCCUAGGCGCCCAAUGGGCCCAUCUCGGCACAGGCCGCGACGACGGCGCGGAAAAAGGGGAAUACUGCCCUAUCCUCUAUCAGCCUGCGAAAGUCAGGCUCGUGUAUUCCACGCAGAAGUGGCUCUCGAAAACGCCCGAUGUGCCGUCCUUCUGGCCCGGCGCGGGAUCGCGGCGGUACGUGCUCGUCGCGGUCUUCGAGGAGAUGGGCACGGGGACGAGAUUCGUCGCGGCGAAUACACAUCUGGAUAAUGCGUCGCGGGAGGCGCGGACGGAAGGCGCGAGGAUCGCGCUGCGGGUCAUCGCGGAUGUGCAGGGCGUGUAUGGGCCGGAUUUGCCUGUUGUGCUGUCGGGGGAUUUCAAUAGUGAGCCUGGGACGGGCGAUGCGUAUGGGGUUGUGGUGCAGGAUGGGUAUCUGGGCGAUGGGUAUGUGCUUGUGGACGAGGGGGGGAGGUUCGGCCCGUAUGAGACGUAUACUGGGUUUAACCCGGGGGAGGUGGAUGGUGUGAAGCAGAGGAUUGAUUUCAUUUGGGCUGGACCGCGGGAUGGGGAUGGGGAUGGGAAUGUGUGGGAUGUGGAACGGUACGAGGUCUUGAGUAAUGUCGUGGAUGGCGUGUAUUUUAGUGAUCAUCGGCCUGUUGUUGUUGAUGUCGCGCUUCACUAGGACGGAUACGAAGAAAGCGAUUCUGGUAUCGCGAGAUUCUGGUCGAUGUGGAUGCUUCAUUAUUUAUUUAUUUAUUUCGUGAUCUAGUUAAUGUGUUUGUUGUUUGUUGUACAUAUGCUACAUGUUGAAGACA